AUGUGGUUACGAGACAGAUUUGUUGCCGGGGUGUACAGUGAAGCAAUUAGACGACGGUUGUUACAGGAGAAAGCUACAAUGACAUUCCAAGCAGCCUAUCAAAUAGCGUUGUCGAUGGAAACUGCCAACAAGGUAGCCAAGGCGAUUCAAGGCAGCACCUCCUCAGUCAACAAGUUGUCAACAUCUCAGAGAACUGGACCACCAAGAAACAAAAUUAAAGGUGACAAGUACAAACCAUGCACAAGGUGCAACUCGACAGAACAUCUGCCACCAAAUUGUCCUUACAUUUCAGCCAAAUGUAAUAACUGUAGAAAGGUUGGACACAUCUUCCGUGCGUGCCAGAGCGCUAAAACAGAGGAUACAAAAAGGAAACAGCCCAAGGGUAAUCCUAAGAAAUCUACUCAUCACAUUGAUGUUGAGGAGCAAGAACAUGAAGAUGUGUUUGAGGAACGGUUCAUGAUUUCUUCUGUACUGCUGGAAGGAGGUACUGGAAAGUGGAAGAAGACUGUGAUGGAAGAAACUGGAACAUGGAACCUUGGAAAAGUGUUCUCUCAACACACAACAUCAAAUCUUCGGGGAUGGGACCAAGACAGCAUUGGUCAACUGUUCACAGAAUUCCCGGAAGUGUUUGACGAAGGUCUAGGACAUCUCAAGGAAUGCACAGUGACAUUAGAUGUCAGAACAGACUCCCAUCCAGUAUUCUGCAAAGCUCGCACAGUACCACUUGCGCUGAAAGAAAAGGUGGAGGAAGAAAUUGAUAGAAUGGAAAAGGAAGAUAUUAUUGAGAGAGUGAAGUACUCACAAUGGGCCACUCCAGUUGUUCCCGUCCUGAAGUCAUCUGGAGAAGUGCGGCUGUGUGGGGACUACAAAACAACUCUCAGCAGGUUUCUACAAGUGGAGACUUACCCAAUUCCCAAGGUGGAAGAGCUCUUAGCCAAUUUGAAUGCAGGUGAGGAAUUCACCAAAUUGGACUUAAAACAUGCUUAUCAGCAGUUGGAACUUGAUGAGAAGUCAAGAAGACUGACUACUAUCAACACUUCCAAAGGGCUUUAUCAGUUCAAACGUUUACCAUAUGGUGUGAGCACAGCACCAGCACUCUUCCAGCGGACAAUUGAGAUGGUUCUCAAAGGGCUGAAAGGAGUGGUCGUGUUCAUGGAUGACAUAUGUGUCACUGGCCACAACAAGCGACAACAUAUGUCCAACCUGAAGGCAGUGGAGUUCCUUGGUUUCAAAGUGGAUAAGGAAGGAAUACAUCCAACCGAAGAAAAGGUCAGGGCAAUCCAACAAGCACCAGAACCCAAGAAUGUGUCUGAACUCAGGUCAUAUCUGGGAAUGCUGAAUCACUAUGCAAAGUUCAUGCCUAGCCUUGCAAGUACAGUGGCACCACUGUAUGAUCUUCUGAAGAAGGACAAGGACUGGUACUGGUCAAAGAAGGAACAAAAAUCAUUCCAGGAAUCAAAAGAGUUCUUAGUCAACGAUACCUUCCUGGUGCACUACAGUUUGGAUAAACCUUUGGUACUAUCCUGUGAUGCUUCACCAUACGGAGUUGGAGCUGUGCUGCAGCACCGCAUCAAUUCGGAAGAGAGACCUGUGGCAUACACUUCUCGAAAACUGACCAGCACAGAACAAAACUACUCACAGUUGGAAAAAGAAGGACUUGCCAUUGUCUUUGGAGUGUCAAAAUUCAGACAAUACCUGCUGGGACGUCAUUGCACGGUGGUGACAGAUCAUCGUCCAUUACUGAGAUUGUUCUCGCCUUCAAAGGGAACUCCAGUGAUGGCUGCAUCGCGCAUCAAAAGAUGGGGACUGAUACUUGCUUCAUUCAACUACGAGAUUGAAUACAGAACCUCUAAGCAGAAUGUUCCAGCUGAUGGGUUGUCACGACUGCCCCUCAUAUCAGAGCAAGAUGACAGUGGAGAUCACAACAGUGAGUUGAUCCUUCUGAUCAAUAGGUUUGACGAAGAAUUGCCUAUCACUGCAAGGCAAGUUGCUAUGGAAACUGGGAAAGACCCAGUGUUACGACAAGUUCGAUUGCUCACACUGGAAGGAUGGCCACAGUAUAUUGAGGGAGAUCAAACAGACUUGAAGCCAUAUUUCCAGAGAAAUUUGGAACUGAGUGUGGAGCAAGGUGUUGUCUUAUGGGGCACAAGAGUAGUUAUCCCAAGUGACUUCAGAGAGGCACUGUUGAAAGAGCUGCAUGGUGAACAUUCAGGAAUGGUAAGAAUGAAGUCGGUGGCCAGAUCAAUCAUGUGGUGGCCAGGACUAGACAGUCAGAUUGAGGAAAAGGUGAGACAAUGUCUUGAUUGCCAGGAGAUAGCAAAUCAACCUGCAGCAGCUCCGCCGACAAGUUGGAAGUGGCCACCAUUGCCAUGGUCACGACUUCAUAUCGACUUUGCCGGACCAUUCCAAGGAAACUAUUUCUUAGUCGUGGUGGAUGCACAUUCCAAAUGGAUGGAAGUUAUUCCAUUAUCGUUAACCACAGCCACAGUCACUAUCAAGCAUCUCAGAAAAAUCUUCGCAACAUUUGGUCUUCCAGAGCACAUUGUAUCCGACAAUGGGGCACAGUUUACCUCUGAAGAAUUCCAUACAUUCUUGAGGAGGAACAACAUUCGUCACACUAGGACAGCACCAAACCACCCAGCUACUAAUGGACAAGCCGAGAGAGCUGUGGAAUCUUUCAAGAUGGCACUAAAGAAAAUGAAAAACCAAACAGGUGAUGUUCAUGACAAACUGCAGAGGUACUUAUUCUCAUACAGAACGACUGUCCAUGCUGCAACAGGGAAGACCUCAGCUGAGUUGCUCAUGAGGCGCUCAUUACGAACUAGGUUAUCAGCGUUGAGACCGACACGAGAAGGAUUGAUGAUCAAAAAUGAUGAUGCAGAAACUGAAGUGCCAAGAUUCUUCAAUGUGGGACAAGCUGUCUUUGUUUUGAACUUUGGAGUUCAAGGCUCAAGAUGGGUACAGGGGACAUUUUUGGAACGACUGGGUGAUAUGAAUUAUCAUGUCUCCGUCGGACAACAGGUGUGGAAGAGACAUGUUGACCAGAUGAGACCACGUCUGGAAGUUUCACGACAGUCAGUACAAGGUAGCCCGGAGAUGUCAGUGUUUCUGGGAUCAGCAGAAAGCACAGUGAUGGCACAGCAGCCAUGUGUUCUUGUGGGACCUAAGGGGUUGACAGAACCAAAAGUGGAAAUUGAAGUCAACCAGAAGCAGGUGUCGGAUGCAGAAGAACUAAAGGAGAGGCGUUACCCUACCCGAGAUCGACGUCCUCCAGUUCGAUAUGAAUGUGAGAAGUGA